UUUUAACUAACAUUAAAUUGCUCAAAUGAUAUUUGUUAGGAAAAUGAGCAUAUACCAACACACUUUUCCACAUUCCACUUGAUUAAAGAUUAGAAAUCAACACAAAAUAAGCUUUUUACCAUUUUCUGAGAAUCAUUUUUCAGAUCUUCUAUGAAAUCUCUUUUGCAACACCAUGGUCAUCGAGUGAAUUGCUUGGAUCGAGCCACUAUUCUAAGUUAAUGCUUCGACUACUGAUUGAUCAAUGGUUGCCUCAGGAAAACGAGAUUCCUAGUGGGUGGCCACUUGGUCUAGGAAACAUGAAAAUGAGAUUUAGAGUAGCAGAGAACUCUGAGAAUACAAGGGAACCUUACAUUUCUCGUCCAAUACGCUCAUCCAGUUUCUCUUCAUUCUCAUCUUCCUUCCUUGAUACUGAGUCCACAUCAUCGUUCUUCCCCGACCGGAGUGUGUCCCUAGGUCUGUUGAUUGGAAUUCAACCAAGGAACAGAGAAAACGCGUACCACCCAAAUGUAAUCCUCAACCAACAACAUGGGAACUUAUCCAAUACGAGGUCUGAUCGAGAUGAAUUUGAGGAUCAAGACAAUAGUCAAGGACUCUGUGUUCCCCUUCUUCAUAAUGUAAUCGGGAAGAUGGGCAGGAGUAGAAGCAGCACAAGGCAUUAAGGUCCUGCAGUUGUUCAAUAAAUAAUGGAUAUCUUCCUUUUUUGAGUGAAUAACUUCUUUUUAUACUGAUUUGCCAUUUUCUGAUUUGGAUGAAAUUCCAGUGAGUUGAGAACAUGAAUAUAAUCCCUCUUGCGAACA